AUGAGAUUAUUCAAAAAUUCAUAUUCUUUUGAAUACCCAUGGGACCAGGUCACAGCAGCUAACUGGAAAAAAUAUCCUAACGAGGUAUCGACUCAUGUUAUUGCAGUCGAUGUUUUAAAAAGGGAGCUUAUUGACAAUGGACAGAAACUUGUCUCCGAGAGGCUGAUAACGGUGAAACAGGGGGUUCCAAAGUGGAUCAUGAUGGCCAUGGGAGGAACAAAUGUUAGUUAUGUGCGUGAAGUUUCAGUAGUUGAUUUGGCCAAUAGAAGCUUGACGUUGAGAAGCUGUAAUAUGAGCUACUCGAAUAUCUUAAAAGUUUACGAAACUGUCAAAUAUAAUCCACACCCGGAAGAUCCUGUUAAUAAAACACUCUUUGAACAGGAGGCACAGAUUACAGCUUACGGCGCCUUCACCAAGAUUUGUAACAAAAUGGAAGAAUGGUCUGUGCAAAGGUUUCAUGAUAAUGCAUUAAAGGGGAAGAAAGGGUUUGACUCAGUUCUAGAAGUUUUUGACAAACACUGGGUUCAACGCGAGAAAUAUGUGGAUGAUCUAGGCAAUUCUAUAGUGGGUAAAGUAGCAGAUACUGUUGAAGACAUCAAGACCACGGCUGAAGAAAUGUUAAAGGAAACUGAAAUGAAAUCUAAUUCCAUUUUGACUCGUCAUUAUGACUCUAUCAAAAAUGCAUUCAAAAGGAAUGAAAAUAUGUGA